AUGUCUCUACUUCACAAUGAAGACUUUACCAUCUGGCAGUUGCGAUCAUCAUACCUUUCGACGAUUAAAGACGGCAUCGGUGACCGUCUCAUUAACGUCAACGACGCCGUUCUCAACACCCCCGGAUUCCGCGCCGCGGGCUGGUCAGCCGCGUCCACAAACAAUGCCCAAACCACUGGCCAUAUCAAGCGCACCUAUUCGCCUCCGAUCCCGACUACGGCUGCGGUCUCUUCACAAUACUACCGAUUAGCAGUUCGCGACGCGAACGCCGCGCGGGAUGAACUCCAGGGCCUCGGCGUGGAGGACGGCGAGGAUGACGAAGGGGGCAUGGUCACUGGCAAGAGCCAAGGAGAUGUUACAGCACGAAGACACCCCGCACGUCCUGGGAAGAAGAAAAGCCGGCGUGAACGCCAACAAGAAGUCCAGCGCCAUGCGGAGGCGGAGGACGACGACAGCAGUGACCUGAGUGAUGAGAGUGACGAGGAGAUGGAGAGCAUGAAUAGCACUGCCGACCAGAUCAAGUUCUCCAAAAUGCCCAUCCACCGAGAUCGCGCCGAUUCUUCUCCCACUCGCUCGGAACACCGUGAUCGUCCGGAGCUCAUGAUUACGUCCCCUUCGACGCACAAUCUUGCAACUCAUAACCGCAUGGGAUCAGCGGGUACUACAGGGACAAAGCAAGAACAGCUACGACAACCGCAACGACCGCGCCGAGAUACAACUACUAGCAGUGACCUGUCGACGGACAAUGAGGUCGAGUCGCAGAGCUACAGACAAGGCCAAGUCCAGUUCUCUACAAUGGACCAGGUGGUCGGGCAUCCCCGGAAGCGACGAGAGAGGACCGGCAGUCGCGGGGCAGAGAGCAUUGCCCUCGGAGACUUGCACGAGGAGGAUGAAGAUUCCGGUGCCGAGUCUGUGGGCUCCGCCCUUUCUUCUGAAUUCGACGCCACAGCUGGCUCUGGCUCAUUACUGCUGGCGGGUAUCAACGGCAGUCUAGGCAUGGACUCAUCUUCACCAAUGGUCUUGAUGCACAAGCUGCCCGCGGGAACUGGUCCGAGUCAGACUUCCUCUCCGCGCAAAUCGAAGACUCCGGCUCCCGAAUUACACGAUCUCCCACCCCCGCGGCCUAUCAGCACAGUGCAGCCGGUUAGCCUGUUGACUAGCCAACUCAAAUCUCGCAAACGUGCCCCAAGUAACCCGGUAGAGAAAUUCAUGGUGCUCUCUGGAAGAGGACAGGAGGAUCCGUUGUACUUGAAGAUUUACGUUCCCUUUUCUUCUGAUCCUGAAGACCCACUGGAUGUGCCGCUUAUGCGAGAGUCUAAGCUAUCAGAGCAACCUGCACCGGUGACCGUUGCUGAGACAAUUGGCCUUGCGCUCUGGAAGUAUUCCGAAGACGCGCGUGGCCCAUCCAUCGGACGCGAGAAGUUGACCGUGAAUCGAUGGGCGCUUCGAAUGGUCGACGAUGGGGAGGUCGAAUACGAUUUCCCUGCACUCGGGCGGACGCUCCCGAUGACCGACUUCACCUCGAACAACAACCAAGCCGCAAAGGCACGUGGUCGCUCACGGGGCAAGCCAUACGAUGAGUUUGCACUUGUAGAAGCAUCCAAUGCGGAGUUUGCCGAGAACGAGCGCCUAUAUCCGCAAUUCAGCACGAGCGUGGGAUCCGACGACAGUGAACACCCGGCCAGCCUUGCGGUCCCAGGUGUCCAAGCUGCAGCGCCAGCGAAGACUCCGGGUCCUCGCCUGAAUCCUAUUCUGGGUCAACCAUUCUCGUCUGCACUGAAUGACAGCACCUUGACCCCCGCAGAUCGGCCAGUGGUCCCCAUUUCGCAUGCCACUCCUCGAAUGGGUGUCUCCAAGACUUUGAAAAUUCGAUUCAUCAACCUGGAAGGCUCGGCACAUGUCAUGACCCUGAACACAACUUCAGACAGCUAUAUCGCAGAGAUUCUAGACUCCGUCUGCAAGCGCUGGGGUCUGGACAAGGGAAACUACUUACUCAAGGUGAUGGGGUCGAAUACCGUUGCACCGCUGGAUCGUACGGUGGAGGCCUUGGGCCAUAUCAUUGAGCUUGACCUCGUACGCCGACGCUUCGGUGCAGGGCCACUUUCUCUCGGUGGCUCCCCGGGCAGUUCUUCACCCACUUUACCCGUGCAAGUCGAGAGCGUCAACCCGGGAUCAGUGGACAAAGGCAAGAAGAGCAAGAAGGGCACCCAACGAAUGCUCCCUUCAUCCUCGCAGAAACAGGACCUCAUUGGCGGCUACUACCGACGCUACCACGUCUUCCGCAAGCAACCCAUGUCCUUUACCGCCUCGAAUCACCGUAUCUUGACCUUUGACAAUGACUACAUGCACAUUGUGCCGGGAGAAACGGGCAAGACCGCAUCUGAGACGAAGACCCGCUCAAUCAACUUCAACGAUGUGGUGGGCUGCAAGGUCAGUCGGCGGCACCCGAAGAGCUUUCGGGUCGUUGUUCUGCGUGGAAAUGAUGCCACAGAGCAGAAACGGUAUGACUUUGAAGCGCGGAGUACACUGGAGGCAGUUGAGAUCGUGGACGAGAUCAAGAAGAACAUGGCGCAUUAUCGCAUUUGA